AUGCUGGGAAAGGAUGUGAGUGCCAUUACGGCACUCGAGGCUCUAUCCUAUGCUCAAGGCAUCGUGCUCGCGGUUUGGUUUGGAGCAUCCACCGCAUACGCCGCAUCGCAAUUCCACACCUCAACAAAAGUCAAAUACAUCAAACGACAACGAAUCGUCGCGGUAAUCUUGAUGUCCUUCUUGCUUCUCGGUUACCUCGGUGAAGGGAUCCUCUAUGUCGUCCGAAUUGCCCGGAAUCCGAAUUGGGAGCUUCAAGAAGAGAAUGUGGUGCGGGUGGUCCUCGCAUGCUGUGUCUGGGGGAUGGUCGAAGUCAUCGCGCUCGAUGUCGUCGACGUGUUCUGGAUGCCAUACCUUGGCGGAUGGAUUCUAGGUCUAAUAUUUGAGGUCGUGUUGCUCAUCCUCAGCGCUACGGGCAAUACCCGGACAAAUAUAUACGAUGACGCCCGUCUUGGACUUCAAGCAGGACGCGUCAUAUUGCUAUCAAUGCUCGUUAUCAACGGGAUCUUCCUGGUCGGCAAGUACACACACGGCCCAUCGACAGAGGAGGAACGCCAGCCGUUGAUAGUCGUCGAGGACUCCAAUUACGAUUCCGAUGGCGAGAGCAUCCACAAGGGGGACAAAACCAAGGCUGAUAUCAGCAAGAAAAUCAAGGAAGAUGGCUGGUACGCAUAUGCCAAACGCUUCUCGGUUUUCAUCCCUUACGUUUUCCCCGUCAAAGAGCGGAGAAUUAUGGUUUUCCUGGUCCUCCGUGGAAUCUUAACCGUCGUGGAUCUCCUAAUCGACCUCCUUAUUCCUCUGCAGCUAGGAAUUUUGACAAACAAGCUCACGGAGGUUACGGGGACCGGAGUUGUUCCUUGGAAAGAUAUCUCCAUAUGGAUGGGAUUGCAGUUCCUCCGAGGUCCACUCUUCAUCCAAAUGGCGCAGCAGCUACUGCUUACGGUGGUCAGCAUUUGGCAAUCGGUGGCACUGAAGACCUUCACUUUUAACCACAUAAUGAGCCUGUCUAUGGAAUUUCACAACGACAAGGCUUCGGGAGAGGUCACCCAGGCUAUCAGCCAAGGAGAAGCUCUCACAAACCUUCUAGAGGACGUCUGCUUCGAGCUCAUGCCGCUUAUCUUCCAUGUCUUCCUGACGGUCUCAUUUGUGAGCUAUCUGUUCGACGUCAACCUCGCUCUGGUGUUAUUGGUCAGCUCCGUCUCCUACACCUGGUGCGUUGCUCGAUCUACAAAAGCAUUCCGUCCGAUCCGUCGCAAAUACGUCGAACUCAGCCGGAACAAGAGCAAUGUCAUGUACGAGAGCAUUGGGAAUUGGCAGACGGUGACGUACUUCAACCGCCUUAGCCAUUCGAUGAAGAGGUUUCGAGACUGUACCCUCGAAGUGAUGGAACUGCGACUCAAGUAUUGGAUACUCAUCGACAUCUGGUACGGCCUUCAGCAAAAUAUUCUUCAGCUUGGCUUGCUAUGCGCCUGCUUCCUGGCCGCAUUCAAGAUCGCUCGUGGCGAACAGAGUGUCGGAAGCUUCAUUGCGCUCAUCAGCUACUGGCAAGGGCUGACGCACCCGAUCUCUGUACUUGCAAGGAGUUACCGGAAUGUCGCCCAAUAUUUGAUUGACGCGGAGAGGCUCUUGCAGCUUGUUCUCACCAAACCGGCGGUCGUGGACAAAGAAGAAGCCGAGGAACUGAACAUCACCGAUGGACGAGUCGAGUUCAAAAACGUGAGCUUUGCAUACGACGAGCGGAAACCGACGUUGAUCGACGUCAACUUUACCGCCGAGCCGGGCAACACCGUUGCUUUCGUAGGUGAGACGGGAAGUGGCAAGUCAACGAUGCUGAAGCUCCUCUUCCGCUUCUACGACGUGAAAAGCGGCGGUAUCGAGAUCGAUGGCCAGAACAUCAAGGACGUCACGCUCUCCAGCCUUCGUGAGCACAUGGGCGUAGUUCCCCAAGAUUCCACCCUCUUCAACCAGUCGAUAAUGGAGAAUGUGCGGUACGCACGACUGGAGGCCACCGACGAGGAAAUCUACGAAGCUUGCAAAGCGGCGUCCAUCCACGAGAAAAUCCUAUCGUUCCCAGACGGCUACGCAUCUAAGGUCGGCGAGCGAGGCGUCAAGCUCUCCGGUGGCGAGCUGCAGCGCGUAUCCAUUGCGCGGGUGCUGCUCAAAAAUCCCAAGAUCGUCUUACUGGACGAAGCGACGUCGGCCGUGGAUUCCGAGACGGAAGGGCAGAUCCAAGAUGCAUUCAGUCGGUUGAGUGUCGGACGGACGACGUUCGUCAUAGCCCAUCGCUUGUCCACUAUCAUGGAUGCGAAUCUGAUCCUCGUGGUCGACAAGGGACAUAUCAUUGAGCGUGGCACGCACGACGAGCUACUCGCGAUGAAGGGGAAGUUCUUCAAGUUAUGGACGAAACAACGGGGGUUCCGCGACUCGAAGGACAGCUCAGUCACGGCGGGGGGCGAUGACCUGAUUGCCACUGACCCAAGUCAAGUGGAUUGA